AAUUAAUAAUAAACAACAAACAUAGUCGCGAAUGUUAAUUUUUAUACUCGUUUAUACUUAUUGCCUUCAUCUAUUCAUUUAUAAUAAAUAUUAAUUAUGAGUGCUUGGGAGAAGAAUGAAGAAAUAAAAAUAUUUCGUGAAUAUUUACGCAUACCCAGCGUUCAUCCGGAUAUUGAUUAUACACCUUGCGUCGAGUUCCUUAAAAAACAAGCCAACAAGCUUGGUUUGCCGUUUAAAAUUUAUCAUCCAGCUCAAGAAACAAAACCGGUUGUAAUUAUAACAUGGAAAGGUACUCAACCAGAACUGCCCUCAAUAAUAUUAAAUUCACAUAUGGAUGUAGUACCGGUAUUUCCCGAAAUGUGGAAACAUAAGCCAUUUUCCGCUGAUAUUGAUAAAGAUGGUAAAAUAUAUGCACGUGGAACGCAGGAUAUGAAAUGUGUGGGAAUGCAAUAUUUGGCUGCCAUAAGAGCUUUAAAGAGCGGUGGUGCUACACUUAAAAGAACACUGCAUGUUAUGUACGUACCAGAUGAAGAAAUUGGUGGACAUUUGGGUAUGGAGGCUUUUGUUAAAACUGAUGAUUUUAAAAAACUUAAUAUCGGAUUCUCAUUAGAUGAAGGCUUAGCUUCCGAAACUGAAGUUUUUCCAAUUUUCUAUGCUGAACGCAGCAUAUGGCAAAUUCAUUUUAAAAUCAACGGCAAUGCUGGUCAUGGCUCGCUACUUUUAAAUAAUACUGCUGGUGAAAAACUUCAUUAUUUAUUGGAUAAAAUGAUGGCAUUUCGCAAAGCUGAAGCCCUUCGCUUACAAUUAAAUCCUCAACUCAAUAUUGGUGAUGUAACUACAGUCAACUUAACCCGCAUUAAUGGCGGCGUGCAAAGCAAUGUGAUACCUCCCCAAAUGGAGGCUGUAUUUGAUAUAAGAUUAGCCGUACAUAUAGAUCAUAGUGUAUUUGAAAAGCAGUUAAAUCAAUGGUGUAAGGAAGCUGGCGGUGACAUCGAACUUGAGUUUGAACAGAAAGAGCCCAAAAUAGAGGCAACUAAGUUGGAUGAUUCAAAUAUUUAUUGGUUGGCACUCAAGAAAUGUCUUGACGAUUUGGGCUUACAUUGCGGUACACGUGUUUUCCCCGGUGGAACUGAUAGCCGCUAUAUACGCGAAGCCGGCAUACCAUCAAUUGGCUUUUCACCCAUGAAUAACACUCCAGUUUUACUUCAUGAUCAUAAUGAAUUUAUUAAGGCUGAUACUUAUCUUCAAGGUAUUGAAAUCUAUAAGAAACUCAUUCCAGCCGUAGCGAACGCCUAAAAACAAAAACAUAAACAAAAAAACAAAAAAAUAACACAUUGCCUUCAACGAAUUGCUACUAUUGUUUACCACAAUCUAAAAAUAAAUAAAAAAAUGAAGAAAACUUUUUCUGAAUUACUUUUAAAUCGAAAGUAUUUGCCCUAAAUAAACAUUUCAUUUAUUUCUAUUUUUGAAAACGAAUUAAAUAAUUAAU